GAUUAGGCUACUCGCAGCCGGCCGGUGAGAGUGAGGACACCGAGAUAACGAGCACAUCCUUGGCCGUUGCUCCUGUUGAGUCGUCGGAGUUUGUCCGGGAGAAUGAGUCCGUAUCGAGAAACCAGGAGCUAACGGCUGGAGCUAACGGCUGCCUGAACCUCGACCGUUGGAUGUUAAGUUUAAAAGUUUCCCUCCGGACGGUUGUUUGUGCGGCUGCUGCGGGGAUAAACCGCUGAGAGGGACAGGUGUCCUCUCACGUCACCAGCUCGGCUCCCCUCUCCAUCCCCCGCUGGACUGUAGCACCGUACACCGGCGCUGGGAGUUUUAACUUUUCUUCUUGGGACAAAGCUGGACUUUUCUGAGCCAUGUUGUGGGCAAGGUGGCUCGCCCUGCUGCUCUGCUGGGGGGCCACAAGCGGCGAGCAGCAGGCGGAUGAGAGGGACGGGACCCCGCUUGAGGCCCGGACGGACUCCCGCAGACAACGGUCCCCUCCACCGGUGGAGCCGUUGGACUUUGGGUUUGUACCGGCGGCGGUUUAUGAUACUCACGCUUACUACGAGCCAGGGGCCGUAGGGAUCCUCUUCCACAUGGUCCACGCUUUUCUCUACGUUGUUCAACCUCACACCUUCCCCAAAGAUUUGAUUGUUCAAGUCAUUCAGCAAAACAUGGGGGGAAUCAAAAUCGAAGAAUGGAGAAAGCCAGAAAAUGUGGUCCUGUUACUACAGUGGAUUUACUACGAGGCUGGAUUCCUCAUAUGUGCGGCCCUCGGUAUCUUCUUCGUGGUCCUCACCCCGAUUAUAGGCAUGUGCUUCUGUGUGUGCCGAUGCUGUGAGAACUGCGGAGGGGAGAUGCACCAGAGACAGAGAAAGAACGUCGACUGUCAGAGAGGUUUCUACACCGCCUCACUCAUCGCCACCUCCAUCUUCAUCAUUCUGGGAGUACUCAUUGCCUAUGCAGCGAACCAUAAUGUCAGCGCCCAGAUUAAAAGCACUCGGCGGCUCAUCAACACCAAUAUGAGAGACCUGAAGACAUUUGCCAACAACACACCUGCGCAAAUCGAAUACCUGACAGCCCAGUACACCACAGCAAAGAACAAAGUCCUGUCAGACCUUGACAACAUUGGACCUUUGCUGGGUGGGAGGAUCCACAGUCAGCUGGAGAAAGAGGUGGUUCCCUCGCUGGACACUGCGCUGCGUAUGGCAGGAGCAAAAGUUGAGAGUGCCAUCAAAGCUAUGCGGGAGACCAAAGAGGCCCUAGAGAACGUCAGCUCCUCCUUGGAGGUUCUUCAGGAGGGGACGGGAAAACUUCAGGCCAGUCUAUCAGGGGAGCGCGCCUCUCUGUCUAACACCUUGUCAGACCCCGCCUGCACUAAUGGAGCUGUGUCUCCCACCUGUAAUGCCAUCCGCUCCACGCUGUCCCAGCUGGGAAUCAACGCUGACUUCUCCAGGCUCCCAGAUGUCAAUCAUGCCUUGGCAAAUGUCAAUACUGUUCUGAGAACAGACCUCAGCAACAUUGUACAAAAGGGUUACUCAUCCUUCAAUGAUACGCCAAAACUGGUUAAAGAACAAACUAAAAACGUUGUCUCAGGAGUAAAAGGCAUGCUGGAUAAGAUUGGCACAGAGAUCAACAGCUUCUCCAAGAUGUUCCCAGUGGAAGCUUCUCUGGCCAAUUUCACCAUUUUCCUCAACGACGGACAGAAAAAGAUCGAGGCCUACUACCCACAAAUUGACCAAAUGGAUUUUUACAGGUGGAUCGGCUGUGUGGCGGUGCUCUGUAUGGUCGUCCUCGUCUUGGCCUUCAACAUCCUCGGACUGCUGUGUGGCACCUGCGGCUAUGACAAGCAAGCUACGCCAACAACCCGAGGCUGCCUGUCAAACACCGGUGGCAACCUGCUAAUGGCUGGGGUGGGCUUCUCUUUCAUCUUCGCCUGGGUGCUGAUGGCCAUCGUGACCACCUUGUUUGUUGUUGGUGGCAACGUGGAGAAGAUGGUGUGUGAGCCGCUCGCUAACCGACAGCUAUUCAAGAUCAUAGACACACCAUACCUGGUUCAUCCUGCCAAGAAGAACUUCCUUCCUGGGAUGCUGUUUCAGAACCCAAACAUUGACCUGACUUUGGGAAGCAUGUACAGGGACUGCUAUGAGAACAACGGCCUGUAUCAUUCUCUGCAGCUGGAGACAAUGUUCAACAUCAACUCCUUCCUCAACAGAACUGUGUACAACAAGGAUCUGGCAAAAGUGUUUGAGAGUGUGCAGGUCAACCUGCAGGACAUCACGCUGCUGGAGCAGGCCGGCAGAGACAACCUCAUCAACUUCGCCAACUCUGGAGUCGGACAGGUCGACUAUGACGCCUACCUGGCUGAGGUAAAUAAGGGAGUCACUCUCGUGGAUCUCUUGACCUUCUCUACUGACCUGGAAGCUCAGGCCGACCAACUGCCACGUGGUGCUCUGGAGAACGCACUGAAAGGACACGCCAGCAGUAUCAGACAGAUUCACAGAGAACAGGUGGUUCCCAUGGAGCAAGCAAUGAAAUAUGUCAGAGCGCGGAGUACACUUAGCCAGAGUAUCAAGCAGCUGCAGAGGAUGUCCAAUGACCUGCCGGUCAAGGUCACAAAUAUCCUGAGUGCCAUCGAUGCAGCAGAGUACCUCAUCACUCAUAACGCCUCCCAUGUGGUCAAACAGGAAACACGCACUUACACACAGAGCUUGGUGGGAUACUUCAAACAGUACACAGAUUGGGUUAAAAACUCGUUGACUGUAGAGGUGGCCCAGUGUAAACCCAUCAGUAACAUGGUGGACAGCAUGGAGAUAGUAGCCUGCAGCUUCAUACUCGAUUCAGUGAACACAUUCUGGUUUGGUCUGGGAGGCUGCUGCAUCCUUCUGAUCCCCAGUAUCAUCUUCUCCACCAAACUGGCCAAGUAUUACAGAAGGAUGGACACAGAGGACGUCUUUGAAGAGUGA